CUUCAUCGUUCCUUUUGGGUGCAACUCCUCAUCGUUAACGAGUGAGUGCUAACGUGCGCGCGGUAUCCUAUCGUGCACAGCGAAGAAGCGGGGAAAAGAGGAAUCUAAAUCGGGAGCUGGGCGCAUUUUAGCCGUCUUUCAAAUCCUUUGCUCCGAUUACAUCGGUUUCUUCUCUGUUUCCUUUGAUCCGAAUCCGAUGGCUGCUCCACCUGCUAGGGCCAGAGCUGAUUACGACUAUCUCAUCAAGCUUCUUUUGAUCGGAGAUAGCGGUGUGGGUAAGAGUUGUCUGCUUCUACGUUUCUCUGAUGGCUCCUUCACCACUAGCUUCAUCACCACCAUUGGCAUUGACUUUAAGAUCAGAACCAUUGAGCUUGAUGGCAAACGUAUCAAGCUCCAGAUUUGGGACACUGCUGGUCAAGAACGCUUUCGCACUAUCACCACCGCUUAUUACCGCGGGGCGAUGGGCAUUUUGUUGGUCUAUGAUGUCACCGACGAGUCCUCCUUCAACAACAUUAGGAACUGGAUUCGUAAUAUUGAACAGCAUGCGUCAGAUAAUGUUAACAAGAUCUUGGUUGGGAACAAGGCUGACAUGGACGAAAGCAAGAGGGCGGUUCCGACAGCAAAGGGUCAGGCUCUUGCUGAUGAGUACGGAAUUAAGUUCUUUGAAACUAGUGCUAAGACAAACCUAAACGUGGAAGAAGUUUUCUUCUCCAUCGGGAGGGACAUAAAGCAGAGGCUUUCUGACACUGACUCCAGGGCUGAGCCUGCGACGAUCAGGAUAAGCCAAACUGACCAGGCAGCUGGAGCUGCGCAGGCCACACAGAAGUCUGCAUGCUGUGGAAGUUAAAUACAAAUUAUAUAAACUGAAGUUUUCAAGUAAAAAAAAAAACUAAGAUGUCGCUGGGUGCGUGCUUCUGUAAUUUUUUAUGUUUUAUCCUAAAACAUGUCUGAUUCGUUCUAAAUUGCCUUUUCCUAUUGCUUUGCUCUUUUAUUUAUUAAUCUCUAAACUUCUAAGAGUUGUCUAGUUA